AUGGGGCUGUUGAGUGAAGUGACGCGGGGCCUGGUGCGUGGCACAGACCGCACGGCUGCCUGGAUGAGCAAGCGGGGCCCGCAAAGUUUCUACAAGAGCUGCGGUGCACACCCCUUGGGCUACCUAACGUGCAGCCAGAAGUUUAAGCUGGUGCCGGAGAAGGUGCCAUGCCUGGUGGUGCCGGACCUGAGCGGCUUCAAGCUGAGGCCUUACGUUUCCUACCGGGCCCCCGCUGGCAGUGAGCAGCCCCUCACGGCCCGCGCCCUCUUCCAACAGAUGGUCGCCUCCAAGAUUGAGAAGGACGUCAAGGCCUGUACCUUAAGCCUGCAGCAGCUGGAGAAGUAUGGCUUCGAGCCGACCCAGGAAGGCAAACUCUUUCAGCUCUUCCCCAAGAACUUUGUGCACUAG